CACUGAGUUUGUCUUUACCUGAGCAGCAGCUGUUCGACAUGUCCUGUUCGUUAUCAGCGAAAUGUACAGAGUUUUCUUGUUGCAUACCAGUACCGUUUAUCAACAAAAAUGUUGGAAUCGAUGUAAAUGUGGAUCCAUGUGCAUUGACGAUGGACAUAAGCGUCGAACGGCUAAGAUACUCUGUCAGUUUGAUUGACUACAAUUUUGGAAGGCAAGAAAACGUUUGGAUUUCGGGAGUUUUACGACUUACGUUCACAAUCCAUGACAUUGUUCAGAAAAAUGAAUAUUUAGUGUCCGUGAACUUCGAAGAAUGUUGGGAAUAUAACGACGUUUGCUCGAAAGAAUACAGUUUAUUAACAAACCAACGGUUACCAAAGCAAAUUUGCAACAGUACAAGCGGCUUUAACAUUCAAGGUGAUACACUUAAAAAGGAAAACAUAAAGAAAUCGUCUUUUAGAGGAAUUAAAGGGCUUGUUUCUUUCUUGAAAGAAAAAGACUGUCACUUGAACAAAAUACGUUUAGCGCAAAAAAACCCAAAAUUAAACCCUUUUGAAAUUGACCCAUCACCUAUUUUUUUCCCACGAAAUCUUCUUGCACUGACUAUACGGUGUUCAAUAAAACCAAGAUUCGUAAAAUCCAAUGUGACUGGGGGAUUGAACACUGCUACAGAAGAUGUGUUUUCAAUUUCUAAUUGGAUGGAAAAUUUCAAUGUUGAUGACACUCGAAAUCUUCCAGCUUAUGCAGUUGACAUACUUUUCAACGAAAUGGGUGUUGCCGAUUUUCUCUCGCAAAGCCAGUGCAUAGUCAAUCAAUAUCCUUUCAGUAUAGAAGGUGGAAUCGAGAACGAAUGUAGCGGGUAUUUGCUGGAUGGAAGUGACCUUGGCCCUGUGUCCUGUCAUAUGAGCUCUACAUGCAUGUCAUUAGAAUGUUGCAUCAACACUACUGCUCUUCCCCGAAGUAUACACGCAUUCUUCCAGAUAAAUGCUUGUGAUGAAAAGCUUACCGUUGGAAUAGAAAAGUUUACAUUUGAAAUGAGCCUUGUUGAUUAUGACUUUGGAACAAAGGAACACUUUUGGUUAAAUGCUAUAUUCCGUAUCGAUUUCCGAAUAUUCGACCUUAAAGAAAAAGAAAGCUAUGUUGUUGAUCUUGAAGUCAGUAUUUGCCUUGAAAGUGGGUCAGAAUGCACCGUGAAGCAAUCCAUAUUGUCUGAUGCUGUACUUCCAAAGCCACAAUGUUCAUUUCAAGAAGGUUUUAAUAUUAACAAUUUUUCUAUAACCGAAUGGAUGCAUGAAAAAGGCUAUGAGCUGCAAGAUGAAUUGUCAGAAUUGGAUUUGUCAUUUUUGAUGGCUGAUCUUGGCCUACCUAGGUUUCUUCAGAGCACUGAGUGUGAACUCUCGGAUUCUGUCAAGGAUAACAAGACAUUAUGUUCCUUAAAUCAACUCCUAGUAAAUCUUCCAGAAGACCUAACAUGUAACCUUCCGACAUGCAAUGACGUGAAAUGCUGUCUGUAUGUAAAACCACUGCGAAGAAAUUUCAUGAUUCUAUUAAGUAUUGACCCUUGUCGGCAAGUUCUCUCAAUUGAGAUAGAAAAUAUGAAAGUGCAACUUGCCUUCAAUGACUUAAAAUGGAAUGAAGAGCAGUCGAUAUUUUUGAAGGGUGUCCUACGAGUCGCAUUUACAUUAGAAAACCUAAAUGGACAAAAUGCAUUUGUGCUGUCACUUGCUAUAGAUGCAUGUCUUGAAUUUAACACGGAGUGCUAUUUCAAAAGUACAAUCUUCGACAAGGCAAUAUUUCAUAAAAGAUUUUGUGAAUUUUCAACGUCGGAAGCUUUCCCAAUUACAGAUUUUUCUCUUUUGGAGUGGAAGCUGAAUAAUGAACUUCAUACAGAUUUGCCACUGGAAAAUUUAUUUUCUGAUUUAUUGCUUGAGGAAUUGGGUAUUUCCAUGUACAUAAAUGAUCCGCCAUGUCAAAUGAAUCGGAACGAAUUAAACUCUGGCUGGACAAAUAGCUGUCCAUACACAUUAAUGAACACAUUACCAACAAACAUGGUGUGCUCUUUAGACAACAGAUGCCUACAGCUAGAAUGCUGUGUAUAUGUCACUGCAAUAAACAGAAAUAUAAAAGUCCAAUACGACAUCGAUAUUUGUGGGUCAACGGUUGAAGUCGGUGUAGAACAACUUGUCAUGAAAAGAAACUUCCUUGAUUUUUCCUGGGGUGAAACAAAGAGGAUAAACUUCGGUGGCAUUGUUCGUUUUGAUUUUUCAUUUUCUUAUCUUGAUAAUGGUGAUCAACUAAUGACAAGUGCAACGAUUAGCCUGUGUUUUGAAUCUUCAUCACCAUGCGAUUUGCAGACAACUUUACUUGAUGGACUUAUUUUUCCAAAACAAAUAUGUAAAUGGGAUAAAGGCUUUGCUUUAAAUGAUUUCUCUUUGCAACAAUGGAUGUCACAGGAAGGAUUGAUUCAAGGCAUGCCGUGGACAGAAUACUAUACUGCUAAACUGUUAAACUUACUUAACGUUUCUCCGUUUCUGCUUGAAGACACCUGCACCGACAGCGAAGGAAAUGAAUCAUGGGUGUCUGGUUGUUCGAAGGAAAUAGGAAAUGGUCUUCUACAGCUUCCAGAAAAUAUACACUGUUUAAUUGGACAGAGCUGCACUGAUGUUGAAUGUUGUAUUUGGGUAGACCAAUUUAACAGAUCAUUGAAAUUACAAGCAAACAUCGAUACUUGUGCACAUGAAAUUACUCUUUCUAUAGAAAGAUAUCAAUAUAGAAAACACCUGUUCAAUUACACAUGGGGAGAUAUUGAAAACAUAUGGCUUUUUGGUGUUGUUCGAAUGAGUCUAUCAGUAUAUAACUUGGGUGGAGAAGGAAAAUAUAUUCUUAACAUGAAUGUUAGUGUGUGCCUUGAAUCAGAUUCAAACUGUCAAACUGAUGUACAAGUUCUAAGCGACGCAGUUCUCCCAAAACUUGAAUGUGACUGGAAUUCUGAGUUCGUUGAUCCGAAUUUUGACAUAGAUGAUUGGCUUGAAAAGCAUGGAAUAUCAUCAGGACAUAGUCUUACACAAUCUGAAACCACAAUACUUUACAACGACCUUAAUUUAUCUCCUUAUAUAGGAGAUGAAUGUUUGAUCAGUGGAAACGAAUUAAACAUUUCAGAUAUAGGCUGGGGUACAGAAUGUCCUUUUGAAACGGAAUUACAUGAGCUUCCAGGAUCAACAGUAUGCAGUAUCCCGUCGUUGUGCACUGGUGUAGACUGUUGUACAAAAGUUGAGCUACUUGGUCGAAAUAUACACUCGCAUUUGUAUUUAUUUACAUGCUUGAAUCGGCUUGAUAUCGGCAUUGAAAACAUGAAAUACACAAUUGAUUUAAAUGACUUUGAGUUUGGAAUCGAAAAAACCGUCAGUCUUCAGGGUGUAUUUAAACUAAGGUUCGUGAUCGACGAUUUAAAGAAUGAAGGUGUCUUACUGUUGACGUUAGACAUACAAAUUUGCUUCUCCACCAAGACCGUGUGUUCGGAAAAUAUUGAAAUAUUUAAAAAUACAAAGCUAAGCAAACCCAUUUGUGACAUGAGCACAGGAUUCAAAAUUAAAGAUUUUUCCAUGGACGGAUGGCUAAUGGAAAGAGGACUUGUAGCCGGAUCUAUUGGAACUCUUCCUCUUUCAAUUUUAUAUGAGGAACUUGGAAUUUCAACAUAUCUACAAGAAAAUAUUUGCAAAAUUCCUAUAAGCAAUGGAACAUGGGAAAGUGAAUGCCAACUCAUUGAGGAUCUACCAGAUCUGUCAGACAACGUGUUUUGCUCUCUUAAAAAAUCUUGCAACACCAUAGAGUGUUGUCUAAAAUCUGAUAUGCUGCAGAGAAACUUUGCAUUCAGCGUUAAAGUAGAUCAAUGUGAAAUGAAACUUACGAUGACUAUAGAGAAACUGGAAUUUGAACUUUCUCUUUUUGAUUAUGAUUGGGGAUCAGAAAAUAUCAUUGACCUGUUUGGUGUACUCAGAAUCAGGCUUUCAGUUGAAGACUUAUCUAACGCUAGAAUGUACCUCCUAAAUUUGGAAAUAGCAGCAUGUCUAGAAGCAAAUGACGAGUGUGAAACUGUUGUUACUGUUUUCAACAAUACUCUUCUAAACAAACUACCUUGCCAACUAGAUUCCGGAUUUAUUUUUCAAAAUAAAUACUCAUUGUUGUUGUCUGUGCUUCUAAAUUUGGAAAUAGCAGCAUGUCUAGAAGCAAAUGACCAGUGUGAAACUGUUGUUACUGUUUUCAACAAUACUCUUCUAAACAAACUACCUUGCCAACUAGAUUCCGGAUUUAUUUUUCAAAAUUUCUCACUAACGUCCUGGCUUACCUCAAAAGGCUAUGAAUUCAACAGUUAUUUAGGGUUUGAUGUCACUUCUGAGUUACUUGAGGUUUUAGGUAUCGUUGGAUAUCUUAAAGAUGAACAAUGUGAUAGAAAAUCUUCAGCAUUUAGCCCAUCAGCAUAUGGAUGGAAGAAAAGUUGUCAGCUUAGUGUAGACGUAGAUCCUCUAUCAAAUAUCAUGACAUGCAACCUUGGAGAAUCUUGCUCAUCAGUAGACUGUUGCAUUGACGUGUACCUGUUUGAACGGUCAUUUAACGUUCAGUUUAAUCUUGACCCUUGCACAAACAUUCUCGAAGUAAGCAUCGAAAAAUUGGCGUUUGAUGUACCACUCUCCGAUAUCGCAUACGGAACUCCGUCAAGAUUCUGCCUUUACGGAAUGGUUUGCAUCGAGUAUUCUAUAAAGGAUAUGAUUUGGUCAGGAAUCUACAUUGUCGAUCUUAACAUCAGCAUUUGUUUUGAAUCUUCAAGUCCGUGUGAUAUUCAAAGCCAAAUUUUCAAAUCUGCAAUAUUGCCUAAAAAGAUAUGUGGAUGGGUUAAUGAUAACGAUAUACAAAAUUUCACGUUAGCCAGCUGGUUUAAUAAUCGAGGUAUCCCGGACAUGGCGAAUCUUCCAUCGUACUUGGCUAACACACUUGAAAAUGAUAUUGGUCUCUCAAUGUUUCUUAACCAAGAACAGUGCAAAAGAGGUGUAGCUCCCUAUCUGUCGAAUUAUUCUGGUUGUGCAUCAGAUUGUCCGCUGGAAAUACAUACUUCAGUAGGAGAUGCACAUGUGUCAUGCUAUAUUCCCGACUUCUGUACUGCUGUUGAUAUUUGUACAUAUAUCCCGCUUAUCAAUCGAAAUGUUCACACUUUUCUUCGGCUAAGGCCUUGUGAUUCUCUCCUUGAGAUUGGAAUUGAACAAUAUCAAUUUACGGUCGGGUUAAAUGACUUCGAGUUCGGUGAACGCAAGACAUUGCUACUAAAAGACGUUUUCAAACUGGAUCUACGUAUAGACGAUUUAAAUUUCCAAGACGUUUAUGUUGUUGACCUUAAGUUCAGUACUUGCUUUGUUGAUUCAAGCUGUGAGGAAUCUUACACUAUUUUCGAUCGCACAGUAUUGACAAAAAUACCAUGUGCAUGGGACAUGAGUUUUAAAAAUGAAAAUUUAUCUCUUAAUGAAUGGAUGAUUGAUCGAGGGAUUACAAGAGAACAGUUUACAGAUGUGCAGCGCAAUGAAUUGUUCGAAGUUCUUGGUUUGGCAGCAUAUUUGGACAACAGCAAAUGCUAUCUUACGGACGUACCAUUCUCGCCGUCAAAUGAUGGUUGGAAUUCGGAUUGCCCAGUGGAUAUAACGUUGCCGUCCCUUCCAAGUGGUAUCGGCUGUUAUGUGUCUGAUACUUGCACCGCCGUUCGAUGUUGCCUGGAAAUAGAUAUUAUUUCGACUUCAAUGUCUUUCUCUAUAAAUAUGGAUGGGUGUGAAAAGCAAAUGACAGUUGGAAUAGAGCAACUGACCUCAACAAUAGAUAUUGAUGAAUACAACUUUGGUUCUUGGGAACGAUUCUACUUGUUAGGAGUCUACAGAAUAGAUUACAUGAUCGAAUACUUGUAUGGGAGUCGUAAAUUCAUAAUUGAUAUGAACGUCAGCGCCUGUUUCGAAAGUCACGGAGAAUGUGAAACAACAAUACCAGUUUUGCGAAAAACAAUAUUGCCUAAAGUAAAUUGUGAUUGGUACAACGGAUUUAGUAAUGAAGACUUUGCGUUCGAGGAAUGGAAACACAUAAACAGUGUCAGCCAGAGCGAACCUUUAACUCGAGACCAAUUUGAUUUACUUGCCAACAAUCUAGGCAUAAGCCAAUAUCUCCUUGAGAAUGAAUGUGUUUUACCUUCAAACAGAAGUAAUAGUGGAUGGGAUAACUCGUGUCCCCUUGAUAUUGAUUUACAACCACUACCAGAUGAUACAAGUUGCACGAUGAGCACUGAAUGUUUAACUGUUGAAUGUUGCAUGUUUGUCAGUGAUCUCAACCGAAGUUUUAGCUUCUCUUUACAUGUUGACGACUGUAACUUUCAAAUAUCAGCAAGCAUAGAAGACCUGGAAAUUACUAGAAAACUCUCGGCAUUUGAAUUCGGCAAGAUGAUAGAAUUUGAUAUAGAUGGACUUAUUUCACUGCGGUUUGUAGUGUUGAAUAUGGAAUACAGUAACACAUAUAUGUUAGACCUUGAUGUAUCUGUACACUUUGAAGCAAACGAGUCAGCAGCAAUGACCGUGAAAGUGCUUGAUGAUUUAUUGGUACCUCGCAUUCAGUGUCAGCAAGACGCAGGAUAUGUUAAUAAAUCGUUUGCCUUGGACAAGUGGAAAGAAAACAAUAAUGUGACUGCUAUAGAUGAGUAUCAGACAGUCAAACUGUUAGAAGAGCUCGCUAUUGCUCCGUUCAUGUUAACAAACCAGUGUGACAUUCGUGAUGAUUUUGUUAUAGACACAACUGCUUGCCCAAUCGAUGUUGAAAUGUUAAAUUUCUUCGGCCAAGGCUCGUGCUCGUGCUCACUAACUGAAACAUGUUCCGGAAUUCGCUGUUGCCUCAAAUCAUCGGAAAUAUCGUCGAACUUUUUUAUGGAAGUAGAAAUUGAUGCUUGUAGGGAAGAAGUCAAAGUUGCGAUUGAAAAGCUGCAGUUCCUAAUACCGUUUAGAAACUUCACAUGGGGAGAAGUACAAACAUUUAGUUUAUAUGGCGUGUUCCAAAUCGAGAUUUCAGUUGUGGAGCUCGUGAAGUCGCAGAUUUAUACUCUAGACCUUCGUGCAAGUAUAUGUCUGGGAGAAAAUGAAACAUGUAAUUCUACAAAUCACAUUUUGGAAAACGAAUAUAUGACCUCAAUUCCAUGCAGCUGGUCUUCAGAAUUUAUAGACACAGAUUUUGAUUUCAACGAAUGGAGGACCAAAUAUUCAUACAGUCUACAGGGACCUCUUCCGAAAACCGGUGUUGAGUUUUUUCUUACCGAAAUUGGUGUCGAUUCGUAUUUAUAUCAAAAUAUGUGUGAUAAUUCUGCCGCACCUUACAAAGCCACUUCAAGCUGGGCGUCAGACUGUAGUAUGAAUGUCAGCGUCAAAGAUUUGGCGGACAACACUAAAUGUUUCAUUGAUGACACAUGUUCCGGCUUUGAAUGUUGCUCGUAUGUGGACACCUUACAACGACCAUUCAGUAUUCAGUUUAAACUUGACACAUGCUCUCAAACCUUAUCAGUUGGAGUCGAAAGAAUAUUGCAAGACAUACCCCUAUCAGAUGUCGAUUUGGAUGUCGUCAACAAAUUCUAUCUGAAUGGCUUCAUACGAUUGCAAUAUAUGCUCACGGAUCUACCGAUGCAACGAACUUACGUUGCAAAUUUGAAUUUAAGCAUUUGUUUUGACGAUAACACAUGUGACAUCGAUUUAGAGUUACUUACGAAUACAAUUGUGCCACAUACAGUUUGUGAAUAUAACCCAGGAUAUUCAGUGGAAGACUUUUCUCUUGCUAAAUGGAAAACGGACAACCAUUUACAUGAAUUUGAAGAACUAGAUUAUGUUCAGCAGAUUGAACUGAUGACAGAUUUGGGAAUAAAUCCUUUUAUGAGAGAAACAGCAUGCAUAGCUGCAAACAAUACUUACAACGGAGAAUGCGGUGUAUUAGAAGAUUUUCCGUCAUCAUGCAGUUUGUCAAAUUCCUGUACAAAAAUAAGUUGUUGUCUGUUCUCGGAAGUCCUGCGUCGAAACAUCUUUUAUGAACUAGACUACGAUAAAUGUAACCAUCUGAUCAAUAUAACUAUUGAGACUUACAGCCGAUUGAUGUCCUUGUAUGAUUAUGGAUACGGAAAUAACACACUCGUGUCGCUGUAUUCCGUCUUACAGUUAAACUUCACAAUAGACCAUCUUGUAUUGAACGAUUCUCCCGUGAUUAGUCUGAACAUAAAGGAAUGCUAUGAGGCUAACAAUUCAUGUUCAUCAGAAGUCGACGUUUUGAGAGGAAACAACUUUCCGUCCAUUGAAUGUUCCAUGUAUAAGAAUUACAAGAUAGAUGCAUUUUCCUUGAUUGGGUGGUUAUCUGAAAGGAACAUAAAUACAUCCAGCUUACCUAUGUACGCAAAGAAAAUCCUCAAUCGUGAUUUAGGAAUAAGUCAGUACCUUCUUCCUAGUGAAUGUAAAGCUGAACCAACUGGAUGGACAUCAGAUUGUGCUGAGAACAUAACAAUGCUAAAUAUCACUGACAACAAUACAACAAUAGCCUGCCAUCUACAUUCAUCCUGCUUGGAUCUUCAAUGUUGUCUAUUUGCUGGUGAAGUCCAGAGGCCGUUUCAAUUUCAAAUACUGUUCGAUCCAUGUGAUUUGAACUUUACAGUUGCGAUAGAACAGUUUCAGUAUGAGUUAUCACUAAAGGACGUACUUACCGGGCGUUUUAUUACAAUGAGUUUGAAUGGCGUUUUACGAAUAGAGUUCAUGCUAGACGAGAAUUCAGAUGAUGAAUAUGUCCUAAGUGUUCGACUAAAACUGUGCUUGGAAAGUAUAUCAGAAUGUAACAAUGACGUUGAAAUAUUCAAUAAUCAACUUAUCAAGAAAAAAGUAUGCGAUUUCGGACAAGGAUUUAGUAUUGCAGAUUUUUCGCUGAACCAAUGGAUGACCGAUAAUGCUAUUGCAUCAGCUGAACUAAUGUCUGACAAAGAAAGAGACAUUUUAAUGCAAUUCUUAGGUCUAGAGCUGUUCCUCUCGAAAGACCAAUGUACAACAGAAGCAGAUCUUACUGAAGACGGCUUUGUAAGCAUCUUUAACGGAUCUAAUACAACAUGUGCAAGAACAAUAGAUGGAGACAGCUUCGAUUGUUGCGUUUAUUCCGAAGUGCUGGGUAGAUAUUUGUGGAUGAGUUUCUCGCUCGAUGCGUGUAAUUAUCGCAUGGAAAUGAAUCUUGAGAACUUGCAACAAAGUUUCCAUUUACUGAAUUACGAAUGGGGGACAAUGCACAAAUUUACUACGAAAGGCGUUUGGUGUACAGAGUUCAUGGUGACAAAUGUCCAAACGGAGCACGUGUUUUCUUUAGACAUCACAGUACAGCAAUGUUUUGAACCUGCUUGUACCUCGCAAAUUACAGUAGCAAAUGGUGUAAGAAUACCUUAUCCAUCAUGCGAAAAUGUGACAAAUAAUGACACAAGCCAACUUUACUAUGGGAUAACGCAUGAUUUCUGGAAACAACCUGUUUGCACGACUGAAAAUUUAACAUCCGCAACAGGAUGUGAUGCUCUUCCAGAUGAAUUGAUUGGCAUUUGUAAAUGGACAAAUGAAUGUAGGGGAAUUCAAUGUUGUACUGAAUUUUACUAUGGUGAGGAUAAACGAAAUGCUGAAAUUGUUUUCUCAAUUGACUGUGACAACAAACAGCUGAAUUAUAGUAUUGAAAACAAAAUGUGGAGUAAACCUAUAACAAACGGAAUGAAUAUGAUACAUGAAGAUAUAGCUGGGACAAUUUUACUCGACGUUAACACCACAAGUACGUUACAAACAGAUUAUAAUGUAGUUGCUGAUAUAAUGGUGUGUACUGGUACACGUAAUGCUAAUGACUGCCAAUUGAACUUCCGCAUUUCACAAACGUUUCAAUGCCAAACCAGCAAAAGAAGGCGGCGGCGACGCAGUAUUUCAGAUUCAUGCCCAGAUAUGGAUAUCAAAGAGCUCGUUACUGAAAUGAUCAACCAAGGAACACCUUAUAUCGACAUACAAAAUUGCGUGGACAAUGCUAUACAGUAUCAGAAAAUCUUAAAAUCCGAGUUUUGGCAACCUGAGAUAUUGAGCGAUUUUGACUCUAGCAGUGGUUUUACAACAGCCGUUAAAGCAUUAGGGGAUAAUAAUCCACAAAUGAUUAAACACGGAGGACCUAGUGUUUCGGUAAAUCUAGAAAUUACAGGUGCUGAUAAGAUCUUCGAGAUGGCGGGAUUUUUAAAUGGCAUUGUUCAAAGAGCAGACCAAUUGUUCGUGGUCGGGAAAGGCCUUUCAGAACAGGGAACGAGACUAUUGGGUGCACAACUCGCAAACAUGACUAUUGGUGAUGUCGAAGCACUUCUAGAACGUAACAAAGUAGAUCCUACACAAAUAAGAAAAAUUGUUGAAGACUUUAUAGAUUUAGCUAUUGCCUUGUAUUCGGAAGUAGUAGACAAGCUCUUCACAGGCGAUUCAGGCAAUCCAUUCGGUUCAUUUGAAUUUGCACUACGUGGAGACUUUAAAUUUCCAAAAAGGACUAUUAAAUUUUUUGAUCAUGAAGAGUAUUUUCCAUUAGGAGGCUUCAUAUGGGUUACUUUUGAAUUUGGAGCUGGUGGAUAUUAUGGCCUUGGUCUUGGUUUGGAGGGCAAACUCAUAGCACAGACAGCUGGACUGACUGUUGAACCUUUUGGUGGUUUAAUCUGUUGGGGCGGAGUGUCUGUCGGCUUUAUACUUUAUGCUGAACUGCGUUUGGAGGGACGCAUUCUAGAUCUACGAUUCCCGACUUUAGCUGAAAUAGGGUUUUCUAAAUUCCCGUUGGAUGUUUCGUUAAAAAUGGACUUAGUGCUAACACCAGUUUCAUUGCGGCUAAAGGCAUUGGUCACUCUUAAGAUAAAACUAUUUAUUGUAACAAUUAAAAAAGUACUAUUUAAAUUCGAUAUAUGGCGCUAUUCUACGCCAAGCAUCAGAGCAAGACUAAUCGAUGUUUCAACGAAGGAACAAGAUGAAUCACCACCGGAAUUUUCAACUGCCGUUGAGACUGAAGAUGAUACGUUUGACACUGCAUGUGAUAUCAGUCAAAUAAAACAUCGAGAUUACACUGAGCCGGCAUUUGAGAUAUCAGUAGCAGCGGCUGAUGACAAGAGUAAUCUAAAGUUUUUCCUCGAUGUUGGGACAUUUCCAGCAGGAAACAAUGUAAAGAACAACCUACAACUCGGUGGCCCUUCUUCAGUUUUAGCAACGUCUGUAGACGAAUAUCCCUCAGGAUCACCUUUAUAUUUCACCGUCUAUGCUGAAAAUAGUGCCGGCGCAAGAUCAAAAGUAACCUGUAUGCUUCGAACAUACGACACAACAGAGCCUACUGCCAGAUUAACACCUGGGUUUUUGUCAACAAGUAACCCGAAUGUUAUAAAAGCGUCUAUAUUAAUACACGACGAUUCAAAAUUAACCAAGGCGUUUAUCGGUGUUGGUUAUAGCAAGGGCAUUUAUGGGGAUCAGCUGAUUCCAUGGACAAUACGGGAUUUAAACGAAAGAUCGCCUGUAUCAUCAAGCAGCGAUCCCUUGGCGCAAUUUUCUGAUCUAGAAGAUGGCAAAUUUGUGUCGACACCAUUUAAAAUACAAAACGAAGUACAUACAGCUACUGCAUGUGCACAACUGUGUUUGAAUCAUGACCAUUGUACAAGUUUUAAUUAUGAUUAUGGUCCCGAUGCAAUAUGUGAGCUUCUCCGAUCGAUUCGCCAUUAUGAUGAUGAAUUAGCACAGACCGGCUUGUUUUGCCAUUUCGAGAGAUUAUCUACCGGACAUUCGGUUGAGGUCAAUCAUAAGAACCUAAAUUUGCAGCAUAACAGAUUACAUUUUGUUAAUAUAGAUCUAACAAACGACCUAGGCUAUAGAUCUAUCGUUCCAAGCCUUGGGAUAUUGACUGAUUAUACCUGUCCAGAACCCGGUCCGAUUGUUAAUUCAUCAAGUGAUUCCAUAAAGACAGACAGUUGUAUGAUUUUAAUUCCCCCUGAUCGCCCAGAUCUCAAACGAUUCUGCACGGGAAUACAUUCUCAAAGGUUGAAUCAUAGGGUCAUAAUUGAUGGAGAAGGUUCUAAAACCGUUUUCAAUGGUGACAAGCAUAUGCUUGAUCUCAAAUACACACGGGCCAACAAUUUUAUAGCUGGAAACUGGGAUGGAAUAAUGGAUAACGAAACAGACAUCAGAGCAUAUGCUUUUGCAGUUGGAAGACAAAUUUGUGAAGAUAUUAUUCAUCCGCACCAUGAUCCACACAAGCACCUUAUGCAUGAAUCACAGUGGACGCAUAUGUCAGUAAUCACUGCCUCUGACGAUUAUAAUCCAUUCCCGCUGCCAUCUGGGAAGUACUACCUGACUGUCAGGGCAAUAAACAAAAUUGAAUACGGAGGACCUCUUGCAUUAACUGUGUGCCACAGUACACCUUAUAUCAUUGAUAUUACAUACCCGUUUGUGUAUGAAGUUUUUGAUAUAAAGUAUGACGACGAAAACUAUAUAUUGACCUUUGAACAUAAUUCAACUGACAUGGAAUCCGGUAUUGGCUCUGUGGAUUACUGUAUCGGUAACAAUCCGAGAAAUUGCGAAUUAUUGUCGUGGACACGGAAACCCACGUCACAAUAUAUCAAGGAUACGCAUCAUAUUCCAAAUGGCAUUCCUGCAUGGAUACGCAUUCGUGUAACUAAUAAUGUUGAGCUACACACUAUUGAAAGGGCUAACCAAGCUAUAAUCGUAGACGCGACUCCACCAGUAGCAGGAACUGUAUAUGAUGGUUCAUUAUUCAGAGAAGAUUUGCAAUAUACAAAAUAUUCCAAACAGAUAUGCUUAAAUUGGUUCAACUUUUACGACCCAGAGUCUGGAAUUGCCUCAUAUGAAAUUGGAGUUGGUACAUCGGCAGGAUUAACAGAUGUAGUGGAAUUGAAAAAGCUUAAGCAUACUGAACAUUUCUAUUGUUUGACAUUAGAUGAGAACUCCACAUUGAUUCAUAACAAUGUUUAUUAUCCAAUUGUGUGGGCGCAUAAUGGAGCUAUAAAUCAGAAAAAUGUUUCUGGGAUAUCAGAUGGCGUUCGUGUUGAUCUAACCAAACCAGAAAGAGGGAUCGCUAUUGACGGAAAUCUUACCGAUUUCAAGGACAGGCAAUAUAGUUCUUCACAAUCUUUGGUUCAAUGUCAAUGGGACAAUUUUUAUGACCCGGAGUCAGGUAUCCGAGAAUAUCACGUAAAGGUAGAGAGAAAAAGACACGACAAUGACUGGACUGUCAUAAAGGAAUGGACAGAAUUUACGAGCACGGAGAAGACUGCUGAAUGGCGCAACUUUCAUCUUGUUCACGAGGACCAGAUUAAAUCAUCUGUUAAAGCAACAAACGGUGCAUUAAAUGACAUUGAAACUGACACUGAUAGUUUCCUAAUUGAUUUGACAUCACCAUUGCUUGGACAUUUAUAUGAUGGACCAGUCAACCACAAAGACAUAGAUUUUCAGGUCAUCACUACAGAGGCCCAUGUAAACUUCAACUUCUAUGAUCCAGAAUCAGGGCUUAAGGAAUUACGAUAUCAGUUAUAUGAACAAAAGCAUGGGACGACACGUCAAUUUUAUCCGGGAACUAAAGGAGAAUGGAUUGAAGUAGAUAAUGUCAAUGUAACAGAACAUAUUGAAACUGGUUUGAAGCUUACUGUUGGUCAUAAAUAUAUCUCGCGUCUAAUCGUAAUCAAUGGAGCUGGUCUUAUAUCUACAUAUGAAACUAACGGAUUCAUAGUUGAAAAAACACCACCAAAUAUAUUCUGGUUACAUGUCGGUGUAUUGAGCGGUUUAGAACAUUUGAUAGAUGGAUAUGUCUAUCAAUCAGAUCAUAAUGGAAUCAAGGUCUCCUGGUCAGCGAGUGACGCUGAAAGCGGAAUAACAGCCAUUAAGUACAGUAUUGGAACAGUCAAAGGUGCGGGUGAUGUUAUUCCUUGGAUUGAAAAAGAGACGACGUCGGAUAAUGCAUACAUCUCAUGCUCAUUAAAUGACACAGAUACGGACAUUUCAAAUGGACCUAUAUACCAUGUAUCAUUAAAGGCGAGAAACGGGGCAGGACUCUGGAGUACAAUAAUACAUUCGUCGCCGAUAAUAGUUGUCCCUGAAGACGUAACAGGCAUAGUACAUGACGGUCCAUAUGAACACUUUGAAAACGAUAUAGAUUAUCAAGCUGACACGCAUACUCUUACAAUUCAAUUUUCUGGAUUCGAGAGCAGUUUACAUGGCAUUCUUGAAUAUGACUGGGCUAUUGGUACAACACCCGGUAGUGAGGAUGUGCAGCCAUAUCUAGAGCAGGGAAUUAUUCACAACGAAGAAGAAAACGUUGCUGGCAAUGGAUUAACAAGUUCAGGAUUUGCUCAUACAUCUGUUAAUCUGGAUCAAGGGGUUGCUUACUUUUCAACAAUAAGAGCUAAGACAAACAAAGGCAAUAUACUUCAAGCUACAACAGACGGCUUCGUAGUUGAUACAACUCCACCGGAAAUCAUGUUUAAUACGUUAGCAGGUUCGCCAUUGAUCGACACAGAAACCGUUGUAUAUCAGAGAGACCAGUCAAUUUUUGAUGCGUCUUGGAAUUUUACAGACUCAGAUUAUCUAAAACAGAAUGAUUAUGACAAUAUUGAUCUUUCUUGGUUUUCCGUUGGAUCUGUACCAUAUUUUGAAGACAUUAUUAACAAAACGUAUCAAAAUACUUCUCAAGCAAAUGAAGGCAGUUUAUUAGCUGGCCAAGUUAGGCCCGCACUUGCUGGUAUCUCAAAUUUCGUCACUGUUGGAGUACAAAACAAAGCAGGAUUAGAAAAUAAUGUUGUUUCAAGGUCAGUUAUACAAGACAACACGGUACCAGAUGCAGGAACAGUCGAAUGUCAGAAAUUUGUUCAAAGUCACUCAGAAAUCAAAUGUACUUGGAAAGGUUUCGUAGAUAAAGAAAGUAAGAUAGCGAAAUACUAUAUUAUCUUUGGUUCGAGACAAGGAUAUGAUGACUUAAGAUCAUCUGAGGAAAUAUCUGGUGAUACAACAGAGUUUUAUGCAAAAGAUGUGGAAAAGGAGCACACUGAUAUUUUGUAUGCGACCGUUACUGCUGAAAAUCAUGUUGGACUAUCAGUGAGUGCAUAUUCAGAAUCCAUUACAGUUGAUAACACACCGCCUUUGCCUGGAAUUGUUGUUGAAUUAUCUAGUGUUGCAAAAAUUGAUCCAAACGAUGUCGCAAAAACUGUAGAAUUGAACAGAAAGGCAUGUUCGACGGAAGAAGAAUGUUUAAAUAUUGAUGCGGUUUGCACAGAAGCGCUUACAUAUCUUGGCGUGGCAUGGACAAAUUUCAUUGAUGACGAAUCAGAAAUAACUGAAUACCAUUUGGCGAUCGGUACAUCACCAGGAGCAGCGGAUAUAUCUCCAUUUAUUUCAGUAUCAACUGACUUGAAUCAUUACAUCGUCAAAAACUUAGAUCUGAAAGGCCAACGACAGGUUUUUGCGACAAUCAAAGCUACAAAUUUUCCUGGACUCACGACUAGCUCUCAUUCGAAUGGCAUAUAUAUGUCUUAUUUGAGUCAGGGCUUAGAACCAUUAACACAUGUCGGAAUUUAUGAUUCCAAUCAGCUUUCUAUUGGUGACGUAGAUUUCCAGUCCGACACUAAAUCGAUUGAGGCGGCAUGGGACGUUUCAGGAGACCCUUGUCCUGUUGAGAAAUACGAAUGGUCUAUUGAAGAAACAGAUGGAACUGUUCUCCAAGAGUUUAUUGAUAUGUAUACUAGUGAACAUGGAAGGUCAGAACAGCUUGAGCUAAAGGAAGGUAGAAGAUACUACAGCCUUCUCAAGGUCAGGAACGUACUUGGAUAUGUUUAUACUUUACGGUCUGAUGGAGUCACAAUCAAUUCAAAUCCGAUGCUACCCGGGUUUGUUUAUGAUGGUGACAUUACAGGGUACGAUCUAAAGGUUUUGUCGUCACGAACAAAUGUUAGCGUAAAUUGGGAAGGGUUUGGCGAAUUGCAUCAGCCUGGAAGCAUUAGUGAAAUACUAACUGGUAACAAGGGAGUCGAUGAAGAAACCGUAGCUGACCCGAAUCAGGAAGUAGAAUAUUACGAAGUUGCUCUUGGAACAGACAGGCGAUUCGAGAAAACUAGAGACAAUGUAGUCCCAUUUUUGAACGUUGGUUUGAAUACUUCGGUUACGUUCACAGACUUAGAUCUUGAGCCAGGUUUUGGUGUUUAUUAUUUUACUGUUCGGGCUUACAGUGCAUCUUCUGCAUCCGCGACAAUUACUUCAAAUGGAUUCUUUGUUAGUUUUGACGGUGGUGUAAACGCUGGAACAAUCAUCAUGCCUGACUUUGUCAACUCGAAAAAUGAAAUCGAUCCACAAUGGAAUGAUUUUGAAUCGGAUGUUGGUAUGUUGCUGUUUUACUUUGCCAUAUCAGGUGAUAAAAUAGCAGCUUCCGGAGAUUGCAGAAGAUAUGUGGAUGGUGGAAAAGCAACUCCUGACGAAGUAAACGAGAAAUUCAAUGUUUACCAAGUUACUGCAGUUGGUGUCAGUACAUUUGUUAAGAUAGAUGAGCUUGAUCUUGUCCAGAAUGCAACAUACAUUUUGUGGAUAAUGGGUGUUGACAAGGCUGGUGAAUGUAACAUGACUUACCAUAGAUUCACAGUUGAUGUAACACAACCCCUGUCUGGAAUGAUUACAGCUGGGCCGUACUUUAAUAUGACUUUGGCAUAUACCACACAAAUGACUGACAUUCCUGUACAAUGGGAAGGAUUUGAAGACUAUGAAUCCGGAAUAGAUAUAUUUAAUCUCACACUUUGGGAGAGUGGAGCAUGUUCAGAAAGCGGGAAUGAAAGAUUGAUAUCAACAAUUGAGAUAUUAGGAAAUUAUACGGAUUACAGUUUUACUAAUCUCAGCAUUGUGCCGUCGAUUGUGUAUCUUGUAAGAAUUGAAGCCAUUAACCGAGCAAAAUUGAAAACAAUAGCAGAAACAUCUCGUAUUGUUUUUGAUGAUUCAAUACCAACAGCAGGAUUUGUUGGUGAAGGCUCAGUCUUCACAGACGACAUUGUGUGGUGGGGUUUCUUGGAUCAUAUUGACGGUACAUUUUUACACAGUCCAGUUAUCCUUAAAGACGUGUGCCCUUUGAGACACAUUUCAAUGACAGAUAUUGAAUGGAUACCCAUGGAAAUUAAACGAUUAAAUGGCCCAGAUGCACUAACCUGGAACAUAGAACACCGCUUAGAAAAUAUUCAUCUUGAUUCGUAUGAAAAUGAAAUUAGCAUCAAGAUAUACAGAGAUUCGAAGGAAGAUCGGAUUUAUUCAGCAGCCUGCAUGCGGGAAUCUGAUAUGAAAAAUGGUGGAAACUAUCAGAUAUAUAUUCGAGCCGCAGAUGGAAGUGGAUUAGCGGUAACUGGUGUCACCUUUUGGGACGGAGAGAAAGGAGAUCUUCAUAUAUUUAAUCACAAACCUAAAUCUUGGACUGAUAUUGGCUUGUGUAGUUGUUGUCUUGAAACUAACGAAACGGACUGUCCCUGCAACUGCGCCGAGUACCUAGAAUAUUUGAAUAAGAAUAAUGGUACGAUAAAUGAAAACGAAACAGUAUUUAACUCAACGCAAAAUAGUUUUGACGGGUUCGAAACUGUUUCUCAACAUUCGUGUGGGCUACAGAUAUAUGCAGGUACCGAUCCAUAUACGGUGACAUGGUGUAGGUUUUUCAAUAACACAGGCGAAAGCAUGUCUGUUACAACUGAAUUGACCUUUGAUCCGUCUGCCGAUUUCCAUCAAUACAAAAUAGAUUUCCUGGAAAUGAAAGAUGACCUUUUGGUAACAGCAUGUAUGAACGUGUUUGUGGAUGGACAGCAAAUAUCAGAAUUAUGUGGUAUUCCACAUUUAAGCAUUAAUACAAAACUUGUUCUUCACGUUUGGAAUAAAGAUAAUAUACUUCCUAUAUUAGAUGUAUUCAACCUUUGGCAAUCAAGAGCAGCUUUUAGAGAUCUCAUUAUGCCACCGGAAGUGAGCGCUUUAUGUCGCUAUGGUAAACCUUUCCAAGGUGGAACAAAUGCAAUUGUUGAAUACGAAGCAGGAAUAGGAACUUUACCGGGUUCUGCUGACAUGGUUCCCUUUCAAAAGGUUUACAAGCCAUGCAUACCAUGCACAGACGAUUGCUCUAGGUUUGUUUGUGACAGCACAUGCAAAUUUGAUGGCUAUACAUUGACCCAUUUUACUAUCAAAGACACCGCCAUAAACGCUUCAUACGAUGGGCAGUUAUAUAUUUCACUGAAGGCUGUUCUGGGGUCUGGUAAUGAAAUUGUUUCCUCAUCAAAUGGAUUUAAUAUUGACCUUACGCCACCUGAAUUCGACGAGGAAGUUAUGAUUUAUAUAGAUGUUCGGCAAGGAGAGUUUACGCCAUCUGACUUUCAAGGAUCAAAUAAUACAAUAAAAGCAAUCUGGUUGUGCAAUGACGACAAAAAUGAAAUAAAGGAAUAUGAGUGGGCUAUAGGGUCGGAAAUCGGUUUUCAGGACAUUCAGUCGUUUACAUCAACGGGAAUAUAUUCAACCGGAAUCAACGAUACGCUUGAAGGUCUGUUAGAACACAACACAACUUACUACGUCAGUAUCAAAUGUACAAAUAUGGCAGGAUUAACAACCUCAUGGAAUGAUAGUAAAGGCGUUACAGUACUUCUUGUUGCUCCCGAUGCUGACACUGUUGAUGCCGAAGCAGUUGGUGUUGAAGAGAUCGAUGAAAAUGUCUACCCGCCUACAGCAGUUCAAUCUGAAGAUCCAACAGCCUGCGGGGAAUCAUGGACAGUCAGUACUGAUCCAAAUAUAAGACGAUAUGACUUUUGCGUUGGAAGCUCCCUUGAAAACAUAGAUGAUGUAGUACCGUGUGUUUGGGUUGGAUACAACACAUCGGGGAUUGUUGAAAUCAAAGAAGGUUAUAUUUAUAUUGAUAACACACCAUAUCAUAAGCUGUCUGAGCUCCGUGCUCUUAGCCAAGGCAUUUACAAUUUUGACACGGCUAAUAAAGACGACAACACAUUUCAAAUGGAGAGCGGGAGAACUUUGUUUCUAUUUAUGCGGUUAUGUAACAAAGCUGAACUGUGUACUGUGAAGUUUGUGAAUUCAUUGCUUAUAACGAACAAGAAAGCAGUUUUGCUAAAAAGUGAAACUGGAAAGAGUAACAGAUUUCAGCUAAAAGGUGAACAAAAUGACAGAAAGAAAAGAAGUGUAACCACUUUCAGUCUAGAAAUGCCUAACGGAACGGUCGAGGGUCAAAGUAUUGUUUACAAUGAGCUUACGGAGGAGAACAUGACAGCACGCUAUGACUCUGUAGCAUCAGCUUUGUUCAAACCUUAUAUUGUGAAUCCUGAAACAACGUUUAACAUGACAGAAAGAUUGCUGUUCCGGCGAAUACACUCGUUGGAUUUUGCUUUCACGUUGAGUCCUGUAGGACAGGCACCUUUUCCUGGACCCUUAAAAUUAAACUAUCCAAUCACGAAUAGUUCUGGCAGUGAAAAUGACACAAUGACCAUGGUGAUACAUUGGAAUCCAGACCAGCAAGAAUGGCAAAUAACAAAUAAUACAUGUGAUUGGGAAAAUAUAACAUUCAAUAAUGAAAGCAUUGACGACUCUACAUUCGUUUUGAUUUGCGACACCCGUCUAUCAGCAAAGCAGACGAAGGAAAAUCAAACUUAUUUUACUAAAGAGACACAGUUUGGAUUAGUUUCUGUUGCAACAACGUUUACUAACAAUGCACCAGUUUUCGUAGAGACUAUUAUCAGAAUUGACGAAGACUCAGAAGACACACAAUUUCAACUUCUUGCGACCGACACUGAGAAUGACAAGUUUAUCUACACACUUCAACAAGAAGAUAUGAUCGUUACGUUUGGAAGCAUUACCUUGAGUGAUGAAGGAAUUUUGUCGAUAUCACUUUGCGUAAACUGCUUUGGCAAUUAUACAGUAAAAUUCACUAUUGAAGACAUACCUAAAUGGGAGGAAAUACCGCCAGCACGAGCAAAUUAUUCGUUAAACAUUGAAGUUGUUUCGGUAAACGACCCGCCAAACGUAAUGGUACUCUCUCCAAACGGAACUGAUAUCUUGCCGUUUGAUCCUACUGAACGUGUUUUGGUAUUCCGCGAUCAAGUCGGAAAAACAAUUUUCGGAACAGUUGCCGUUGUGAUAGCUUAUGAUAUCGACGGACCUCAACAUCUUCAAAUUAUAUCAAACACAAGCAACGCAUCUGGUACCUUUGUCUUACAAGAUCUUGAAUACACUGAUAUAAUAAAUUACGUUUCAUGUAGCCAUGGCAAGUGUUUAAGUCCCAGUGCCCUUUUGAACCCCAAAGAUGUAGAAUGGAAAGGCAUAUACAUCAAUUAUACACAAGAAAAUACCUCCUUUAUUGGUAUAGACACAGUAAAAGUCGUUGCAAUGGACGAGUCCGGGACAUUUUCUGAUGUUGUGUCUGUAACACUUGUAGUGAUGGAGAAUAAAUGUCAACAUGGUCAUUGUAAAAGUUUAAAUGAAAGACAAUAUUCUUGUGACGAUACGAGAAGAACAGAAGGAUUCGACAAAUAUUAUACGUGUGAAUGUCCAACCUCUUGGGAGGGACCUUAUUGUGAACAAGAUGUUGACGAGUGCGCACGAAAUUUCUGUGAAGCUUGGAAAGUUUGUGAUAAUAAAAUUGGAAGCUAUGACUGCUACUGUAAAGCUACGGACAUAAUCUGUAAAUUGUCUCUGGAGAUUUGGGAAUUCGCUGUUAUUGUAACUGCAAUUGGUGUUGUACUUCUGGUCACAGUUGGCAUCUUUGUUUAUCGGAAAAUUAAGUCUAAGAAAGAAUAUGAUGUUAACAAAAAGACUUCAGACUCAAAAACCUUUGAGCCAUCCAUCGUCGGAAAAGAAGGGAUUCUUGGUCCGCAUUUAGUUCAUUUCGCAAAGGUUGCACCGGUAGAGGAUGGUGAAGAAAGUAUGUCGAGUGCCCCUCCAAUGUCUACAUUCAUUUCUCAAUCUUUUAGGGCUGAUGUGCAUAUGGCAAACGAUGGCGACAUAUCAUGUGUACCUGAAAUAGAAGAAGAAUUAGACUCAGACGAUGUUGGAACGUCCAUACCACCACCUUUGUUUGCGGAAGACUUAACUACUGCUGGAACGUCAAAACAAACUGAGGAUGAAGAGGUCGUGGAUACUAAAGGAAAGUCAUAUUUACCGGAAGUGGACACUAUCUUGGCACGACAAUCGAAGAAAUCUCAUGAACAUCCGGCGCCUAAAUUCAACAUUUUUCAAAUUGCAGCUGAAUUACAGCGAAAGAGGAAAGCACUUGAGGCAAAUCCAAAACGAAAAAAGGAAAUGAUGGAUCAUCCACCGCCAGAACCGAACCAAUCACAUGUAAUUACGAAAUUUCGAAGCCGUAAAGUAGAACCAAAGGCAAGUCCAGAAAGAAACAAAGAAAUGAUGGAUCAUCCACCGCCAGAAUUAAACCAACCACAUGUAAUCACGAAACUUCGAAACCGUAACGUAGAACCAAAGCCGACGCUGCCAAGCUUUGCUGACACUAUAAAGUCAAAACAGCCCCCGGAUACGAGUCCAGCACAUAAUUCCGAAAACAAAACAGGUGGUGAUAUGGAGAGAAACACGUUUGAGACACAAGAAGACUAAAGAAUAAAUUUUAAUAAAGACUUAUUUAUACGUGUUAAUUUCUUACCCCACAGACUGAUAAAAUUAUAUGUUAAAAUUGACAACAAUUAUGUUUUAAAAGACAAACAUUUCGUUAAAUAUCAGCUUACAUUAAUUGUAAAUUUCGUUUUUGUGUUUAACGCUAGUUUAUUUUAAAGUUAAACAAUAAUUUCGAAUUGUUCUUCUUAUGUAAACUGUAUCUUGUCUUUUAUCAAAGAAGUGAACUAUUGAUGUUUUUGCUAGUUUGAUAUAGUUACAUUUUAUUUGAAAAUACUAAAGAAUUCAGUAAAGAAAGAUUUACUUUUUAUGAACUACGUUAUGAAAUAUCUGUAUAACUUUUUGUUAUUUUCUUUUUCUUUUAUACUAUUAAACACAUGUUCGUCUUCAUUUUGAUUGGUAGUUUUAACGAUAUAUUUAUCUAACAUGAAAAUUAUUUUAUUAAACCGAAAUCUUUUAACUUGUAAUGAUGUUUUUUUUUUAAAUAAAGACGAUCGUUAUAGGCAAUUUUAAUUUAAUUUAAGUUUUUGUAACAUUUUUGUUCAUUCUUGAAAUCCAAAAUCGUUCAUCUUCUGCAAUUAAUUUAAGUUUCUGGAAUGUUAACAGUUAUGUUAAAAUCUAAUAGUGUUUUGUGAGUUACUUUUCCAUUUAACAAGACGUGCCUAGUAGUUGAUAAAGAUAAUUGAGCUAUUGAUGGCCUUUUGGCCAAUAUGACAUAGUUCAAUUUCACAUGAAAUUACUAAAGCAUACGUUUGAUUACUUUCUUCUGAUUGUACAGGCAUGGAAUGGAUAUUAGUAACGGAAAGUUAAAUUUCCCUUCAUAUGUAAAUCACUCGGCUAUUUUAGUUCACUAUUGUUCAUCUUUCAACAUAGUGGGGAAUAACAAAUCUUUGAUUUAUUUUCAAGCAAUUCAUAUUUGUUAUUCAUAUUUGUUAUCGUGAAUACGUUCAUGAUAUUCUUUUAUUAUUUGAGCCAUAUUUUUCAUAUCUCUAGCUUUUCUUCCGUCAUUCUAUACCAAUAAACUCGUGUAGAAAUGUA